AUGACUAAAAUCUGCCUGCUUUUUGCCCUUUGCUCUCUUGCCAUUUUCUCCUCACUCACCUAUGGCGACCACUCCGUCGCCUGGGAUUCCGCCGGCGCCGCCCCGGCCCAUCAAGACCAUAACACCGCCGCAGUUUCCACUGCAAAUUACUACAACUACGCUAAUUGGGCUCCACCGGAAUGGUUUUACAGCUUGUUUCCGCCUCAGAUCGCCGAGAAGAUCAGAGAAGAAGUGAAGAGCAUCGAAGAUUGGAUGAAGCAAUUUCAGCCUCCCUACGGCGGCGGCAAUUAUCCCCAUCCACCGCCGUUUCAACUACCGCCAAAAAUGCCGCCGACCCCUGAAUUGCCGGUACAACGAGAACCCUGCCCGUGCGCCCCUAAAGUGCAGCCACCGCCGGCAAAACAACCCAUUGCCCCACCAACCCCUAAAGUGCAGCCACCGCCGGCAAAACAACCCAUUGCCCCACCAACCCCUAAAGUGCAGCCACCGCCGGUAAAACAACCCGUUGCGCCACCAACCCCUAAAGUGCAGCCUCCGGCCCCGUCGACCCCAAAAGUUCAGCCACCGCCGGUAAAAAAACCCAUUGCUCCGUCCCCAUCGACCCCAAAAGUACAACCACCGGUAAAACAAGAACCCAUUGCGCCGGCCCCAUCGACCCCUAAAGUGCAGCCGCCGGUAAAACAAGAACCCAUUGCCCCGUCCCCGUCGACGCCUAAAGUGCAGCCACCAACUUCGCCGUCAACCCCAAAAGUGCAGCCACCAACUUCGCCGUCACCCCCUAAAGUGCAUCCACCAACUUCGCCGUCAACCCCUAAAGUGCAGCCACCAAUUUCGCCGUCACCCCCUAAAGUGCAGCCACCAACUUCUCCGUCAACCCCUAAAGUGCAGCCACCAAUUUCUCCGUCAACCCCUAAAGUGCAGCCACCAACUUCGCCGUCAGCCCCAAAAGUGCAGCCGCCAACUUCGCCGUCAACCCCUAAAGUGCAGCCACCAACUUCUCCGUCAACCCCUAAAGUGCAGCCACCAACUUCGCCGUCAGCCCCUAAAGUGCAGCCGCCAACUUCGCCGUCAGCCCCUAAAGUGCAGCCGCCAACUUCGCCGUCAGCCCCUAAAGUGCAGCCGCCAACUUCUCCGUCAACCCCUAAAGUGCAGCCACCAACUUCUCCGUCACCCCCAAAAGUGCAGCCGCCAACUUCGCCGUCAACCCCUAAAGUGCAGCCACCAACUUCUCCGUCAACCCCUAAAGUGCAGCCACCAACUUCUCCGUCGCCGUUAACCCCAAAAGUGCAGCCACCAACUUCUCCGUCGACGCCUAAAGUGCAGCCGCCAACUUCGCCGUCAACCCCAAAAGUGCAGCCACCAACUUCUCCGUCACCCCCAAAAGUGCAGCCGCCAACUUCGCCGUCAACCCCUAAAGCGCAGCCACCUGUUCAACAACAUCCAAUUUCUCCGCCGGCGGGGCAGUGCUCCUCCGUUGAAAAAGUAUGGGACACAUGCAAGCACAAACACGCGGCAUAUUCGGUGAACUGGGGAUAUGCAUGGAGCUGCUCGUAUAACGAUGAAUGUUGCAAAGCGGCGCUUAUCGUUAGCGACGAAUGUUUGAACUUUAAUCCUUUGAUCAGGAGGAUCAAGUAUGUCUGUUGCCCAGGUGCAUGA